GAGGUGAGGGAAAGACACAGCGACGAUAGGAUAUAUAUCUCUCUUUUCCCUCUCUACAUUUCGUUCUUUCCACACCAUUUCUCAAGCCUUUCCAUUCAUGGCAGACGAAACGGUAGUCAACGGCGUCGAUCCAGCCGUCGAUUCGGCGACCCAUGGAAUCUUGAAGAAGGAUCGAGAUCUUGAAAACGAUACUGAGGAGGUUUUGGAUCUGAAGCGGAAGAUCGAAACCUUAGAAGAGGAGAAAUCUGGAUUUAUCAGCGAAAAAGAAGAACAGAGCGAGAGGAUCAAGUUGUUGAUGGUGGAGAUUGAAGGGCUCAAGAAAGAUCGGGUGGAGAUUGAAGGGAGGUUGGGGGAGAUGCAGAAGGAGAUGGAUCGGUCGGAGGAAGAUAAGAAGGCUUUGAAGGCUGUGGCUGGUCGUGCGGCGGAGCUUGAGAUUGAGGUUUCUCGGUUGCAGCACGAUCUCAUCUCGGUAAUGUCGGAGAGCGAGGAGGCCUCUGCGGAGCUCCAGAAGCUGAAAAAAGCUGUUGAAGAGCUCGAGCAGAGGAAUCGGGAGAAGGAUUCGAAGAUUAGAAGUCUGGAGAACGAGAAGGAGUCACUGAUGGAAAAAAUGGAGAAAUUGACGGUUGAGAUGGGAAGCCGAAUCCGGGAUCUAGAGCAAGAGGCAAAAGAUAAGGUUUCUGAGCUGCUGCGGAAGCUGCAGAAUGAAAAGGAGGAAACGGAAGCUGCGAAAUCAUCUCUUGAAGAGAAGAAGAAACGAUCAGAUGAGAAAUCCGAGGAAUUGGAGAAGUUGGUGAAGGAACUGAAGUCAAAGAAUUCAGAAAUCGAAGAGAAAUUGGCAGGUUACCAGGUGCGGAACUUGGAGCUCGAAGAUAGGGUUUUGGAAUUAGAGAAGCAAUUGGAGAAGGAAGAAGGUGGAAAAGAGAAUGAUGUGAAGGAGAAGAGUCUGAAGUUUCAGUGGCCGGUGACAACGACGGUGGCGGCAGCAGCAGCAGCAUCGACAGGAACGGUUGCGGCAGCUGCGGCUAUGAUCUAUCUGAGGCAUGCAAGGCAAAGGUAAAGGAAAGAAAUUAGGUUCCCCCCCUCCCCCUUUUUUAUGGCUUCUAGACUCCUGUUUUUGAAUUUCUUGGAUUUGUUCUUCCUUUCAAAUCACAUACAAUUACAUAGAUAGAGAGAUAUUAUAGCAAUCUUGAUUUUGGAUGCUUUGCUUGUGCCUCUUUGGUUUUGCAAACGAAGUGAUAAAUGCUAGAAUGUAAGCUUUUGAAGACUGUGAUGAGGAUUGAGAGAGAGGCAUCAUUUGUUAUA